AUGGGCAAAAUAAAGAAGAAGGGAACCACCGGCCAGGCCAAAAACUACAUCACGCGAACACAAGCCGUGCGCAAAUUGCAGAUUUCUCUCCCAGAUUUUCGACGACUAUGUAUCUUCAAAGGCAUCUACCCCCGUGAGCCCCGAAACAAAAAGAAGGCGGCCAAGAACUCCACGGCGAGCACCACUUUUUACUACACCAAAGAUAUCCAGUACCUUCUCCAUGAGCCGCUGCUCCGAAAGUUCCGCGAUCAAAAGGCACUCGCAAAGAAAAUCGCCCGAUCCCUUGGUCGUGGUGAGGUCGGAGACGCCGCACGAUUAGAAAAGAACCUUGCGCCAAAGCUUACUCUCGACCAUAUCAUCAAAGAACGAUACCCGACCUUUGUCGACGCAUUGAGAGAUCUUGAUGAUUGUCUAUCGUUACUAUUCCUCUUUGCAAGUCUUCCGUCUACCACAAAUGUCCCUCCCAAGACAGUUGCAAAAUGCCAGCGGCUCUGCCACGAAUUCCAGCAUUAUCUCAUCACCACACAUUCGAUGCGCAAGUCGUUCCUUUCGAUCAAGGGUAUUUAUUACCAAGCUACUAUACAGGGCCAGGAUAUCCUCUGGCUCGUUCCAUACCGCUUCGUUCAACAGGUAAACGGCGAUGUUGACUACCGUAUCAUGGCCACCUUUGUCGAGUUCUACACUACCCUGCUUGGCUUUGUCAAUUACCGAUUAUAUACUUCUAUCGGCCUGGUCUACCCUCCGAGAUUCGACUCCGCUAGUGACGAACGAGGAGCUGAACUGGCUGCUUUCAAGCUUGAAAGUAAGAAUGUUGGACAUUUGAAAGCUCUUGAACAACCGACUACAAAUGGCAAUGCAGCCAAUAGCGAGGUUUCGGAGGAGCUUCAGAAGAAGGUAGACGACGUUGUCAAAUCAGCUGGUCUUGACCAAGCUCAAGAGACUUCCGUGGCCGAAGAUCAGACAACGAACGAAUAUGCUAUCGACAAGUUUGAACCCGCUGCUCCGGAAGCAGACACCCUCCCCCAGCCCGACGGAAGCGAGAACGAGGCUGGAAGUCUGUUCUCGUCUUUCACUUUCUUCAUCUCACGAGAGGCCCCUAAGGCACCUUUGGAAUUCCUCCUACGCUCUUUCGGAUGUAAGCGAAUUGCUUGGGACGCAGUUGCCGGAGAAGGCGCUUUCACCAACGACGAGUCCGAUCCACGCAUCACCCACCAGAUCGUUGAUCGCCCGCCUCUUCCGGAAUCAGCACUUCCAGCUAUGCCUGAGGAAGCAAAUGCUGAUUCGGUGCGCAUUCGCACCGGCGGCCGCAUUCCAGGUCGCACAUAUGUUCAACCCCAGUGGGUAUGGGAUUGUAUUAACGAAGGCAAACUUCUGCGACCAGAUCUAUACGCACCUGGAGCCACGCUUCCACCGCAUCUUAGCCCAUGGGUGAAGGCGACAAGAGGUGCCUACGAUCCUCGAGCAAGUCUCGCAGACCAAGAGGAAGAAGGUGAAGCCGAGCGUGCAGAAGAAGAAGAGGAAGAAGAAAGCGAAGAAGAGGAAGUUGCCGAAGACUCAAAGAUGGCUGACGAAGCUGAAGCGAGCGAAGGCGAGGAUGACCACGGCAUGGACGUGGAUGAUUCGGAGCAGGAAGAAGAGGACGAAGAGGAAGAAGAGGAUGACGAUUUCGGCGGAUUUGACGAUGCUGCAGAAGCUGCUUCUGAAUCUGAAGAUGAGGACGAGGCUCUGCGAUCUCAGCAUCAGAAGGAACUCGAGGCCGAAGCCGCCGGUCUACCGUUCAGCGGCACUACAAAGAGCUCAUCAGCCAAGAAGUCAACCAAGACCAAGAAAUACGAAGCCGAGAGACGCAAGGAAGAGGAAGAGCUCGAGCGACAGAAGAUGAUGAUGAGCAGAAAGAAGCGCAAGUUGUUGGAUAAGAUGUUGUACUCCAACAAGAAGAAGGAUGAAGAGGCUCAAAAGCUGCGCGGCAAGCGGAGAAAGAUUGAGAAUGCUUCCAAGAAGGCUUGA